AUGAGCCAGGACUAUUUUAAUGACAAGGGCAAGGCCCCUGCCCGCCGCGAGCCCGAUCCCAACGCGCCGAGCAAUGCCGCUCCAACUUCCAACCGCAUAAGUUACAUGACCGUCGGCACUGGCUCCGUCUCGGAACAUGGAACACACCUACGGAAUAUGAUGGACGUCGACUCCGGCUAUGGAGACAGCAUCUCCGGCGAAGACUAUCAGGGCGCCAAGUCCGAACCCGCUUGGGACGGAUCUCUGCAUCAUGAUCGGCCGCAAUCCGGCGUGCUGCACCAGAUGUGGUACAACGCGCAGCGCGGCAGGUUGGGUCGAUCGAUUAAUGAAGUCUUGGAAAUCCUCGGUUCCUUUCAAGAGAUGAACACGGCGUGGCCGGCUCACUAUCCAUCUGUUCAGCGAUUGGCCUCUGCGGUCCCUUCCGAACGACCCGUGUCGCGCCCCGGCUUCGCCCACAGGCACUCGAUGAUGGAGGACACUUCCAGUACGCCGCCCACCGCCGACAAUCCGCCGACCCUGCGGAGGGCAAUGACCACGGUCGAAGAUCCGUCAGCCGAGUCGAGUCGAGCCGCCCAGAAUCGAGGAGUCUCCGAACCCCGACUCGUCUCGGCCCAGAUUGCCCAAGAAUUCUCAAUAUUGAAGCUUGACCUGAAGUUGGGGUCCCUGCACCAAGCCGAACUAGUGCACUCGUUGGAGAAGAGUUCCAUCGCGUCACUUCUGGACGGGAAAAUCAACUCCAGCAUCAAGCAUCUGCUUUCUCUCCGAGAACGCAUCGAAGACACCUCGAGCAAGGUCCUCAUUACGGGGGACCUCAACGCCGGAAAGUCGACUUUCUGCAAUGCGCUUCUGCGGCGCAAGGUCUUGCCCGAGGAUCAGCAACCGUGUACCGCCAUAUUCUGCGAGGUGCUGGACUCCAGGGCCAACGCCGGAAUCGAGGAGGUGCAUGCCGUGCACAAAGAUGCCACCUAUAACCGCAACGACGAAUCGACCUUUGAUGUGUUCCCUUUGAAGGACCUAGAAAAGAUUGUGGUUGACAACGAAACCUAUACGCAGUGCAAAGUCUACGUCAAAGAUAUCAGAACGAUUGAUCAGUCGUUGCUCAACAACGGCGUCGUGGACAUUGCGCUCAUCGACGCACCUGGCCUCAACUCAGACACGACAAAGACGACGGCCAUCUUUGCCAGACAAGAAGAGAUUGACGUCGUGGUUUUCGUCGUGUCUGCGGCCAACCACUUCACGCAGUCGGCCAAGGAGUUCAUCUGGGCAGCCGCCGCAGAGAAGGCAUACCUCUUCAUGGUUGUCAAUGGCUACGACACAAUCAGAGCCAAAGAGCGGUGCCAGAAGUUGAUAUUGGACCAGGUCUCGGACCUGAGCCCGCAAACGCACAAAGAGUCGUCGGAGCUUGUUCACUUCGUGUCGAGCAACGCGAUCCCCGCAGGUCCAUCCCCCCCCGGUGGUCCGGGAGGCAGCGGCAGCGGAAGUUCCAGCGGCGGAGGUGGCGGAGAUGACCCCGGCGAUGACACUGACGGCACGAAUGGCAAAGGCAAGGGUACGGACAUGGACAAGGUUCGCGACUUUGAGGCCUUGGAGCAAUCUCUGCGGCGGUUCGUCCUGGAGAAGCGCGCGCGGUCCAAACUUGCCCCCGCGAGGACCUAUCUGCUGAACAUUCUCAACGACGUCAACAUGCUGGCCACAGUCAACCAGGGCAUGGCGCAGUCAGAGCUGGACCGGGUUACUGAGGAACUCAAGGCGCUUGAGCCCCAGCUGGAAACGAGCAGAAAGGCGCAGUCUGAAGUCGGGGACCAAGUGGACCAGAACAUCGAGGACACGUGCCAAGACGUGUAUGACCAUACCCGUGCCGAGCUCCACGCUGCCAUAACAUACGCGGGCAAGACCAACUACGACGUUUCGUAUCCCGGAUUUCUCGGCGCGUUCCAGUAUGCCGACGAUCUCAAGGAGGCCAUGCUCUCUCACAUAGCCGACGCCGUCAGCGACUGCGAAGAGUAUGCGCGCAGCAAGACCGUCCAGGGCGUAAAUGUCGUCAAACAACUCGGGCUCCUGCACGUCGGAGACGAAUUUCAGAAUCUUCAGUUCCGCUCCGGCGUCAUGUUUCGCCGUAAGCGCGAUGCGCUCGCUCGUCAAGUCGAUAUUUCCACCGAACUAUCCGACUUUGUCGACUGGUCGACUCUUUUGCAACGGCAAGAGAAGUUUGCCGGAACCGGCAUGGCUCUCACCGUCGCCGGCGCGGUCGUGCCUCGCAUGAUGGGAAUGAGCACGUGGAUGGACCAGGCCCUGACUGCGACACGUCUUUUGGGCAAUGGGAACCUGCGGCAACUCAUCAUCCCCGGCAUGAUUGUAGCUGCCGUGGCCGCAUCCGCAUACGUUCUCCAACAGAUUCCCAACUCGCUGCCUCAUCGGCUUGCCACAAAAAUAUCAGUGCAGCUCGCCGAGAUUGACUACGUCCACUCCAACUCAACGCGAAUCUCCUCGUCGGUGCGCAAGGUUCUCCGCAUUCCGGCCGACAAUCUGCGCUCCGGGCUGCAGCAGAGCGUGAAAGACUUGGGCAACCGGCUAGAUGAGACGGCCAAGAUCAAGGGCGAGAGCGAGAUGGCAGCCGAAUUCUUCCACAAACUCGUGAGUAGGAGCGAGGAGCAGAGGAUUAAGGUUGAGGGAGUAGACUUGGACGCUCCUCCUCCAGGCUUGCACUGA